AUGUCUCAAAGGUUUCCCAGCGAAAAUGUCAACGUGUCGCCCCUUGGGGCUCCAUUGCGAUUUGAAUUCAGUCAGCGCGAAGCCCCUAAUCGCUUUUUGAAGGCCGCUCUGACGGAAAGAAUGGCUUCCUGGUCUCCAACUGAUCUUUCAGCUCGUGGUAUUCCCACCCAAAAUCUCAUCAAUCUUUAUCGUCGGUGGGGGGAGGGUCAUUUUGGACUUAUCCUCACCGGCAACAUUAUGAUUUCAUACGACCAGCUUGAGUCACCGGGAAACAUGAUCAUUGACCUUGAGAAUCCAAUUGCUGGUGAACGAUUUGAGGCAUUCAAGCAAUUGGCCACUGCCGCGAAGAAGCACGGAAGUUUGAUCGUUGGUCAGGUCAGCCAUCCUGGUCGUCAGACACUUGAGAAGCUGCAACCCAACCCGGUUUCUGCUAGCGAUGUCCAGCUCGUCAUGGAGAAAAUUGGUGCAUUUGGAAAACCCCACGGGGCCACCGAAGAGGAGAUACAGGAUAUUAUCCGUCGUUUUGUCCAUGUAGCCGUCUACCUGCAAAAGGCUGGGUAUGAUGGUAUUCAGCUGCAUUCCGCCCAUGGGUAUCUCCUUGCCCAAUUCUUGUCGCAUACAACGAACAGGAGGACGGAUAAAUACGGUGGGAGCUUGGCCAACCGUGCGCGGAUUAUUGUGGAAAUCGCUCAGGCUAUUCGGCAAGCACUCCCGGGUCCCGGCUUCAUCAUUGGAAUCAAGAUUAACUCGGUGGAAUUCCAAUCUCAUGGAUUCACCCCCGAGGAGGCAAAGGAACUAUGUGCGAUCCUCGACCGCACGAAUUUUGACUUUGUUGAGUUGUCCGGUGGAACUUAUGAAGCUACUGCCUUCCAGCACAAACGGGAGUCUUCGCAGAAACGAGAAUCAUUCUUCCUCGAAUUUGCCGACCUCAUCGCUCCUGCUCUCAAGCGUACCCGCAGCUAUGUAACCGGAGGAUUUUGCACAGCGUCUGGAAUGGUCCAGGCCCUGGAAACAGUUGAUGGGGUUGGUCUUGGCCGCUCGAUUACCCAGGAACCUCGCUUGCCAAAGGACCUGCUCGCCGGAACUAUUCGGGGUGCAAUCCAGCAGAAGAUUGAUCCCCAGGACUUUUUCAAGACGAGCCCUGCGGCUGGGGCACAAAUGUUGCAGAUCGCACAAGAUGAAGAACCCAUUGACCUGAGCACUGAUGCCAACAUGGAAGUUUUCAUGAAAGGCCUUGGUGAAUGGGCGCAGCAGAUGCAGAAAGAUGGGGCUGCAAUGGAAAUGUACGGUCAUGCUCAGCUUCCCAAGGGUCAACCAUUCCAAAGUCAUUUGUAA